CUUUAUCAACACUAAUCCAGUUGAGCAGUAACAGAUCAGAUCAUUUUAUAUUUCAUAUUAACACGGUGUAGUGUUGAAAUGGAGAUCAAUUUUAAAGGAAAACGUGCAAUUGUUACUGGUGCCAGCCAAGGAAUUGGCAGAGCAAUUGUGGUUCAAUUAGUAAAAUGCCAAGCUGAAGUUAUAGCUGUUGCCAGAAACAAUGAUUUGUUGAGAUUGAAAGAUAUAGGACCCAUUGAUUUAUUGGUGAAUAAUGCCGGUUUAGCUAUUUUAGGACCAUUGACGAAAGUUGAAGAAGAUGAUGUAGACAGGUUAUUCAGCAUCAAUGUUAAAGCUUUGAUACAUGUAACAAAAAUUGUUGUCCAAAAUCUCAUAUCAAGAAAUGCACCUGGAUCUAUAGUUAAUGUUUCUUCUCAAGCAUCUAUGGUCGGACUAAAUGAUCAUACUGUGUAUUGUGCCACCAAAGGUGCUGUUGAUGCUUUCACAAGGGCCGCUGCUUUAGAAUAUGGCCCUAAAAAUAUUCGAGUGAAUGCGGUUAACCCCACGGUAAUCAUGACGGAUAUGGGAAAACUGGGCUGGUCAGAUCCUGCAGUUGCGAAUCCUAUGCUGGAAAAAAUUCCGCUAAGAAGGUUUGGUGAGGUGCAUGAAGUAGUGGAUGCAGUGGUUUAUCUGCUGAGUGAUAAAGCGGGAAUGAUAACUGGAACGUGUUUACCUAUUGAUGGAGGAUAUGUUUCUUCUUAACAAUGUAUAAAUUAUGAAAAAUAUAUUGCUGAAAUAAAAGAACAUUUGGUAGUCA